UUCAUAUAUCACGCGUUAAAUUUUGUUUCCAAGAGAGAGAUAAACAUGGGGUUGAGGCUAUUGAGUGUUAAUCACUACAGAUCACCAAAUGAGCUAUAGCCUAGUAGCUGACGAUCAUCAUGAUAAACGCUUUGUCACCUUUUUAAUUGGAGAGACUUCCAUUAUUCUUUCUUUAUCUUUUCUAAGUUUUCAUUUAUUGGUAAUGAUUUAGAGAUGAUGAAGUUAUAAAAGAGUGGUCUAGUGCUGCUGGUGCUAAUAUCAGAGUGAUCAAUGGAGUCGUGUGUCCCACCCGGAUUCCGGUUCCACCCGACUGACGAAGAGCUCGUCGGAUACUAUCUGAGGAAGAAAGUCACGUCGAAGAAGAUUGAUCUCGACGUUAUCAGAUACAUCGAUCUCUACAGGAUCGAACCAUGGGACCUUCAAGAGAGGUGUCGGAUCGGGUACGAGGAGCAAAGCGAGUGGUAUUUCUUCAGCCACAAGGAUAAGAAGUAUCCGACGGGGACCAAAACCAAUAGAGCAACCAUGGCAGGUUUUUGGAAAGCAACGGGGAGAGACAAGGCGGUUUAUGAUAAAUCAGAGCUGAUUGGCAUGAGAAAGACUCUGGUUUUCUACAAAGGAAGAGCUCCAACUGGUCAGAAAACUGAUUGGAUCAUGCAUGAAUACAGGCUUGAAUCCGACGAGAAUGGACCCCCACAGGAGGAAGGAUGGGUGGUUUGUCGAGCGUUUAAAAAGAAAACCAGCACCACUAGUCAAAACAAGACAAUCGAGCAAUGGAUCCCGAGCUACUUCUACGAUGAAUCGAGUGGCAUCAGCACUAUUGUGGAUCCGAUCGAUUACAUUUCGAGGCAACAGCCCCAGAAUUUUUUGGCUCCUAAUAUGAUGUUUAAGCAAGAGAUAGAGGCGGAUAAUUUGAACUUCUUCGUCCACUGUGAUCAGUUCGUUCAGCUUCCUCAGCUGAAGAGCCCUUCUCUUCCAUUAAUAAAGAGACCGAACUCGAUAUCUCUGAUACCAGAAGAAGAAGAAGACGAGGAAUAUCAGUUUCAGCAGCAGCAAAAGAAGAAGAAACGUGUAUUGUACGACAACACCGAGACCGAGAGAGUGACUGACUGGAGAGCCCUGGACAAGUUCGUAGCUUGUCAACUGAGCCAAGAGAUCAGAUAUGGUGGUGAUGAAUGUUGUAAUGAUAGUAACUCGGACAUGGCGUUGCUGUUAUUGCAGAGUAGUAGUAAUGGUGGAGAAGAAGGUAAUUACAAGUUGAACGAGUUCUUGAAUUUAAGUCCAGGCCGUGAUAUUGGAAUCUGCGGAUUUGAUGAGUGAAAAGGGUUAUAUCGCUUACCAUAUCUUAUAAAUGUUUGGUGCGUAAGUCGUUUAUUUUUGAUUUUUUGUAAACAUAUGGUUGUGAAAUGAGUGCACAAACUCUUUUUCUCUC